CCGGGCGCUCCGCUGCCGCCAUCACACUAUAUGACAUUUCUGUGGAACGUACCUGGUGGGUGGCGGCGAGUGGCGCCCCCGUCUCGGCCGCGGCCCGGCGGCGCGUGCUCGCGCAGUCCCGCCGCGCCCGCGGCGCACAGCGCACCACGCUCACACCACGGCCACACUCCACGAAUACCUCUCAAAAACUUUCAAACUAAACUUUUGUGAGACUCACACUAAAACGAAGAUGUUUUUAUUUCUUACAUUUCUAAGGCAUAAUAUUUUAGUUGACGUGAAGCUAGUGAAUGUUUUGGUGAAGCUGUGUAAGUUAGAGUAGUAGAAUGAGCGUGGUGCAGAGCGCGUGGUCAGGUGUGGGCGCGCGCGACCACGGCGACCCUGCGGCAGGCGUGGGCGCCGACGGCAUGGGCCCUUCCGUCGCACGCGCCGGCAGCGCGCGCGCAACGCCGCCGCUGAAGAACGGCCGCGAGCUGCGCGCCGCCGGGUACCUGGUGGCCGUGGGCUCGCGCACCGCCAGGUUCCGGCGCCGGCACCAGCAGCGCGCGGCGCUGAUAGCGCUGCUGGCGCUGCUGCUGCUGCUGCUCUGUCUAGUCGUCGCGCUCUCCGUGCUCUAUGCGCGUGCGCGGCGCGUGGUACCGGCUGCCGUGUGCACGAGCCACGCGUGCCUGCGGUCCGCCGCCAACCUGGCGCUCAGCAUGGACGUGGCCGCCGACCCCUGCACCGACUUCUACCAGUACGCAUGCGGCAAGUGGGCGACGGAGCACCCGCGGCCGGACGGGCUGCGCUCGUACGACUGGUUCCGCGACAAACAGACCCGCGUGUUCGUGCGCGUGCGCGACGUGCUCUCCAGCAACGACAGUGCCGAGGACCCGCGAGCGCUCACGCAGGCGCGCCGCGUCUACGCCGCCUGCAUGGACACCGAAACUUUGGACGCGCUCGGGCUGCAGCCGGUGCUGGCGGCGCUGCGGGCGCUGGGGCUGCCCGCGCGGCCGGCGGCGCUGUCCCCGGCGGCGGCGGCGCCGACGCACUUCGACUGGCUGGCUGCAGCCGUCAGCGUCAAGACGCAGCUCGCCAUGGACGUGCUCGUCGGCUUCGACAUCUUCACCGACCCGCGCAACUCCUCGCGCUACCGUCUCGUCAUGGGCUCGCCGGAGACCACCGACCCCUUCCCCAGCAUGCACAGUAAAAGGAAGCGCCACACUGGGAGAAGGAACAUUAUAACUCGACGAGAGCGAGGGGAGCGGGCGCGGCCACGACGGCGGCGGGCGGCGGGCGCGGACACGGAGCGGGCGGCGGCCGCCUACCGCCGCUACUACGCCGGGCUCAUGCGCGCCGUGCUGCACGCCGCCGCCAACACCACCGACUCCGCCGACACCACUGACCCCGCCGACGCCGCCGAUCCCGCCGAUGCCGCCGACCCCGCCGACCCCGACCAAGAUCACGACCUGCAACAAAUCAUACUUCAGGCGGCGGACACCUACUACAUCUUUAACGAACAGCUCUAUGAGCUGGAGUCCAGCAACGACACGGAGGCAGAAGACCUGUACGCGGCCGUGCCGGAGUACAGCGCGGCGGAGCUGCAGGCGCUGACCGGUGGCGAGGUCGAGGGGGGCGGGUUGUGGGCGCGGUACCUGCGCGGCGUGUUCGCCGACAGCGGGGUCGUGCUCGACUUCGACGACGACAAGGUGCUGGUCUCCGAGCCCGACCUCACCUACCUCACACUCAUGACUGCCCUGGUCGAGGGCGCGCCGCCCGCCACCGUGCAGCUCUAUGUCUGGAUGAAGGUCGUGGAGGUGAUGUCGGUGCAUACGACGCGGGAGCUGCGGCAGCUGGCGACGCGCGCGCAAGAAGAGGCGGCGGGCGAGAGCGGCGAGGGAGUCGAGGGCACCCCGCGCAGCCUGCACUGCGCCGGCGUCGCCAAUGAAAUGCUCAGCAUGGCCAUCGCGUAUGCCAUCGCCGACGAGCACUUCCUCGAUGAAACUAAGCCCAAGAUCGAGACGAUGCUGGAGGAGAUGAAGCACGCGCUGGCGCACCUGGUGGGGCGCGCGCGCUGGAUGGAUGACGACACGAAGCUGGCGACGUACCAGAAGAUCGCGCGCAUGCGCUCGCUGGUCGGGUUCCCGGAGUGGCUGCAGCGGCCGGGCGCGCUCGACAGGUACUACGCGGGCGUGCGGGCGGACGCGCGCGCGCACCUGUGGAACAUGAUCACCAUCAACCAGCGCAAGCUCCGGAAGAUGCUGGCGCGGUUCCGCGACGCCAACAACUUCACCUGGGCCACUGACCCCACGGAGGUCAACGCGUAUCACACCUUCCAGGAGAACACUAUAACGGUUCCCUUGGUGAUGCUACAGUAUCCGUUUUUUGACCUCGGCCUGGAUUCAUUGAACUACGGAUCUUUGGGGACCAUACUGGGUCACGAGAUCACCCAUGGAUUUGAUAACUAUGGUCGUCAGUUCGACCAGGCCGGCAACCUGGUCCCGUGGUGGAGCAACCAGACGGUGGCCGGGUUCCUCAACGCGACGCAGUGCUUCGUCGACCAGUACUCCCGCUACUACUUGCCGGAGAUCGACGAAUAUGUGGACGGGCAGCUGACGCUAGGUGAGAACCUGGCGGACAACGGUGGGCUGCGCGAGGCGCUGCGGGCGCUGCGCCGGCGCCUGCGCGCGCGACCCGAGCCGCGUUUGCCCGGCUUCGAGCACUUCACGCCGGAACAGCUCUUCUUCCUAUCUUAUGGGAACCUGUGGUGCGGCGUGUGGACGCGCGCGUCGCUGUGCGCCGAGCGGCUCGACGAGCACUCGCCGCAGCGGCUGCGCGCGCUGGGGGCGCUGCACAACAGCGCGGAGUUCGCGGCGGCCUGGCGCUGCGCCCCCGGCACGCCCAUGAACCCGCGCCCCCAACAACGCUGCAUCAUCUUCUGAACCUCCAUUCCUUCGAGACGUUACCGACCCAGUUAAACAGCCCCUAUACGCAUAUUUUUCAGAUAAAAUUAAUAUCUAACGCUGGGGCAAUUUGGCAAAGUGUAACUAAGUAUAUUAUCUAAAUACCUACAUAGCGUCAUAGAUGCUGCAACCCUCGGUCGUAACAAUUGAUACGGCGACAUUAUAUUAUUCGACUCCGUCCAUGAAGCGCGGAACUAUCAUGACGUGCGUGAUCUAAUACGAUAAUACUUACCAUUUAAGUAUACGAGUUGUGAAAUAUGGAAAUAAAGUUUUUACUUGCAUUCAACUUUA